UAUCGAAGAACCAAGAAACGGCUACAGAGAGAGAGAGAGAGAGAGGUGCGCAAACGUGGGGUGGCGCUUGGAGAAUGGCAGCGUAGCCGCCGGCGGAGGCCGACGGAGAAACAUUGUCGGUCGGAAGUAGAAGCCCUUGCCAAUCUCGGGUGAAGCUUUUGAUUCUUCAUCGAGCUUCGUCACGCCCAAAAUCAAUCCGAGCUAUCGGAAAGUCUCGAGCUUUAACGAGUUCCUGCCCUGCGUAUGCACGCGCAGAUCAGAUGCGCGUAAUCCGUCGCUGUUGAGCACUUGGAAAUCAAGAUCUUCUCGGCUCGUCGGGUAAUUCAUGCAUUGCUCAUGUUGUCUAUUUGACUUCUCCUUGCGAGCUCGCCUUAAAAGGUGCUGUCUUUGGAAUUGAGUUUCUUAUCUGUUGAAUUGCUACGACAUUGAUCGUGGGGUCAUCAUGCAUUCCGGAAAGAAACUUGCUCAAAAAGAAGAUGGCGACUCUUGCUUUUUGAAGGCAGAAUCUGGAUCUGAGGUUCUUGCCUCACUGAUAUUCAGAAAUAGGAGAAGGAAAAAGCACAAACAGAAACUACAAUCUCCUGUAAAAGCGAGAGGCUCAACCCUUGCGAAGAAGAUGCCCAAUAACUCUAUCAGAAAGAGACUGGUAUGUAGGAACAGCUCCGAUAAAGAAAAACUCAUAAAUUUAAAAGUUUUUCGUCAUAGGAAAAUUGAAAUAGUUCCCAAGAAGCUUUCAUCCCCUCCAUCUCUGGAAAGAGAGCCUGUACCUAUUGCUUCUGACGAAAAUGUGCAAAGCGCGAAUGAGGAUGUCAAAAUUAAAAGGCUGAGAAGGAAGAGGAAGAAGAAAAUAAGAAAGCAUUUUUCGGAUUUAGAUGAAGCUUCACGAUUGCAGAGGAGAACAAGAUACCUUCUUAUUAAAAUGAAGCUGGAACAGAACCUUAUUGAUGCUUACUCUGGGGAAGGCUGGAAAGGUCAGAGUCGGGAAAAGAUCAAGCCAAUAAAGGAAUUACAAAGGGCCAGGAAGCAGAUACUGAAUUGCAAACUUGGAAUACGUGAUGCUAUUCGACAGCUAGACUCCAUGAGUUCAGUGGGCAGCAUUGAAGACUCUGUGAUUGCUCCUGAUGGUUCUGUUCACCAUGAACAUAUAUUCUGUGCGAAAUGCAAGACAAAUGAAACUUUUCCAGAUAAUGACAUCAUACUCUGCGAUGGGACAUGCAAUUGCGCUUUUCAUCAAAAAUGUCUUGAUCCUCCACUGGAAACUGAAAGCAUUCCCCCAGGAGAUCAGGGCUGGUUUUGCAGAUUUUGCGAGUGUAAGAUGGAAAUUAUAGAGUCAACAAAUGCACAUUUGGGGACCCACUUCUCUCUUGACAGCAAUUGGCAGGAUAUAUUCGAGGAAGAAGCUGCAUUGCCUGAUGGGGGGAUUCAGGUACUUGAUCUAGACGAAAAGUGGCCUUCAGAUGACUCUGAAGAUGCUGACUAUGACCCAGAAAAGAUGACAAACACCGGCGUCAGCUGUGCUGGCAGUGAUGAUUCUCAAUCAUACGACUCAAGUAGCUCUACCAGCUUGAGUUGGUCAUUAGAUGGUGAAAUUUUGUCAGGACCAACAAUAUCAGGCAAGGGAGGGUUUAGCUAUCCUGAGGGCAUUGCGGGGUCUGAUGUAUUAAUGGACACGGACACUGUAUGUGGCCCCCGACAGCGAAAUGCUGUUGAUUAUAAGCAGCUCUAUAAUGAAAUGUUCGGUAAGGAUACUCCUGCCUGUGAACAAGCCAGUGAAGAUGAAGACUGGGGUCCUAAUAAAAGAAGGAGAAGAGAAAGGGAAACAGAUGCAGCCAGCACCCUCAUAACUCUCUAUGAAAGUGAGAAAAGCAAUCCAUUUGUUGACCAAGCCUCAGAAGGUGAUAAGAAACUCUCUGCAGAAGCAAGAAUGAGAAGGCGGAUUUUCAGAAUUCCUCCGAUUGCAGUUGAGAAGCUUCGCCAAGUAUUUGCAGAGAAUGAACUUCCCUCAAGAUCUGUCAAGGAAAAUCUUGCUAAAGAGUUUGGUCUUGAACCUGAGAAGGUUAGCAAAUGGUUCAAGAAUGCACGGUAUAUGGCGCUCAAAACAAGGAAGGCUGGGGGUGCUGAUCAAUCUCCAAAAUCCCCGCAAAUGCAUGGAGAAUCUGAACUAGCAAAAAUGAAGAAAGGGACUGUUCCUCUUCUAUCUAAUGAUGCCUCAACAGACAUUGAGUUCCAUUCCUCUCGAAAUUCUGAGAAAGUCGUCCAGCAAGAGAGUACAAAGUCGCUACACAAGAAGGGUUCGCCUAUGGUACCUGAACAUAGCUAUAAGAACUCAGGCAUGACUUUGCUGUAUCAGGAGAAUUUUGAGUUCGACGACAAUAUGUCCUUGAAACAAAUAAAGCUAUUGAAAGGAAAACCAAAGGACAGGAAGAGGGUUGACUUCGCAGCCAAUGAGGGAUUACGAGAAAGAGAAGCUCAGUUGCUGGAGCUAUGUCAAAUUAGAAGUAGGCUCGAUAGUUUGAGGAAGAGAAUGCUUACAUUUCGGUCGAGUGAAUCUAAGGCUUCAGAGGAAUUGAACUUUUGUAGACCAUGUGUAGUCUAUGUUCCAGUAGCAGAACUAAAGGAUAGAGCUUGAUUUUUUUUGCACCCUUUAGUUCCUUGCUCUUUGUAAAAGCAUUUUCAGUAUAUGCAUGAGAGGGUUACAUUGAUCCAA